AUGAAUAUCUUUUCUAUUGCUAAUCAAGAUAAACAAGUUCAACUUAAAUUAGCUAAUCGUCUUUAUGCACAAAAAGCAUAUCAACUUCAAGAAGAAUAUUUAAAAAUUGUUCAAAAUUCAUUUAAAGCCGAUAUUAAACUAGAAGAUUUUGAAAAUGAACGUGUUCAAGCUGUUCAAAGAAUCAAUGCAUGGGUUGAACAACAAACAAAUAAUUUAAUUCAAGCUUUACUGUCAAUAAAAGAUGGUACAUGGAUAAAAGAAUUUAGCAAAAAUUUAACAAAUGAAAAUGCUGAUUUUCAUGAAGCGAAUGAUAAAAUUUCUAAAAUCGCAUUAAUGCAUCAACGAGAGAAAUUUGCUUAUGCUGAGAAUAACGAUUUACAUGUACAAAUUGUUCAUGUACCAUAUAAAAGUGAAAAUAAAGAUGUUGAAUUUGUUUUUACGGUGAUUUUACCUAAUCGAGGAGUUGAAUUAGAUGUUGUGGAACAAAAAUUAGCAUCACAACCUGAUUUAAUGCAAAAUUUAUUAAAUCAUCAAAAUACAAGAACAGAAGAACUUCAUUUAUAUUUACCAAAAUUUAAAAUGGAAGCUACAUUUGAAUUAAGUGAUAUUCUUCAACAACUUGGAAUGAAAGAUGCAUUUAGUAAUUAUAAACCAAAUUUUACAGGUAUCGCUAGUGGAAAUAAUAAUAGAGAUCAUUUAUACAUUAGCAAGGUUAUUCACAAAGCGUUUAUUGAUGUAAACGAACAAGGAUCAGAAGCAGCAGCAGCUACAGCUGUUAUCAUCGUUAGUUAUGGAUCAAUCAAUCCGCCACCACAGCCUAUAGAAUUUAAAGCUGAUCGUCCAUUUCUAUUCUUCAUUCGUGAAAGUCGACAAAUUAUUGUCUUAUUUAGUGGCAGAUUUAUUUCACCACCGACAAAAUCAUAA